AGGUAAUGAGCGCAACACUCCAACCAUAUCUGGAGGCCGUGCGUCACACGCUCCAGGCAGCUCUCUGUCUUGAGCAAUUCAGUUCGCAGGUGGUCGAGAGACACAACAAACCAGAAGUGGAAGUUCAAACAUCGAAAGAACUGCUCAUGACGCCAGUUGUUGUUGCUCGAAACAAACAGGAACGAGUACUCAUCGAACCCUCCGUCAAUUCUGUCAGAAUAUCAAUCGCCAUCAAACAAUCCGACGAAAUCGAGAAGAUUCUGUGCCACAAGUUCACUCGAUUCAUGUGCCAAAGAGCCGAUAACUUCUUUGUGCUCCGUCGCAAGCCACUGCCAGGUUAUGACAUCUCGUUCCUCAUCACAGCAUCUCACACAGAAGCAAUGUUCAAGCACAAACUUGUCGACUUUUUGCUUCAUUUUAUGCAGGAAAUUGAUAAGGAAAUUUCCGAGAUGAAGCUGUCUCUCAACGCCCGUGCCCGUGUUUCUGCUGAAGAAUUUUUGAAGCGUUUCAAUUAAUUUUCUCCCCAUGAUUCCCAAUUCAUUUUUCUCAUUUUCACUCAAAUUCCGAAGACUUUAAACUAUUAUGUGAACACGGUUUUUUGAUCAAUUUGUGUAAAUAUCAUCUUUAUUCUCAAUUUUUUCACUUUUUGUUUCUGAAAAUGACUCCCCUCCCAAAAAUUUCCUGUUUUAGGUCCUAUUUUGCCUUUUUGAUUAUCGAUUUUUUUUACCGCACACUGACUUUAUGAAUUAUUUAUUC